AUGCAGCCUGCUCUCGCCCCAGCACCGCAUCCAAGCAUGCAGUCCACUGCUCAGGACCACGCGGACCAGGUUCUCCAUGACCAGCUUCUAGCUGCUCAGCACCACCUGCAGGGCCCUCGUCCACAGGGUGCCCCAGGCCAACAGCAGCAUCUUCAACCUAACAAUGCCAGUCCUCGUGACCAACCAAACAUUGACCCAGCCAUUUCGGGUGCCAUGCUGGGUGCUCCCCAAACCCCAACUCAAGCCCAAGGCUCCCCACCAUCUGAUGGUGGUUCUAAGAGCUAUGGGAAGCGCGAGCUCUCCACCUCUAAGCGUGCUGCCCAGAACCGCGCUGCCCAGCGCGCCUUCCGCCAGCGCAAAGAGACUUAUAUUCGUAAACUCGAGGAAGAAGUCAAGAACAUCGAGCCCCUCAAGGACCAAGUCAAGUCCCUGGUAGGAGAGAACUACCAGCUCCGCGAAUACAUCAUUAAUCUCCAAUCUCGCCUCCUCGAAGCCCAAGGCGAAGUCCCCGAACUACCAGCCAACAUCGACCUAAGCCAACCCCGCACAACGGAGAUGGCCCUCGCCUCAGCAGGAGUCCAGAACACCAGCCCCUCAGGCUCGGUGCCGGCCUCAGGAGCCCCUCAACACCAGGGCUCGGUGUCCGAUGACAUGAACUCUUUGAACCGCAUUGCGGCCGCUACACUGGGUAUGCGCAAGCACCCAGAUGACACUAGCUUCCUUAACAACAAUUUCCAGCAGAAUAAGCGUGUCCGCUCCGAUGAUGGCCACGAUGCCUCCGACGUCGUCGCUAAGCAGGAGGCUACCCAUGGUCUUCCUAUGGUUAACUAG